AUGGUGAUAGCGGACACGCACGAUGGAGGCAUAGGCACGAAAUCGAGUCCGCACCAGGACUUGGAUCCCAAACUCUCUAUUAGGAGGAGACCUAGCGCUGGCACAACCAGAGCUAUUCCCAACUCAUCCCCGACAGCGGACUCUCUGGGAGCUGAGAGCUACGUUGUUGGUUCGCCCAGGGACGGUUCCCUGGCCAAAUUGAGGUCUGAUGACGAUCGGACAGAGCCGACGAAGGAUUCUAGUGAAAGGAUUCGAAGUGGUGAGAACAGAGGCGUCGAUGCACCCUUGAAGUUUGCUCAUCGACCGUUUGUCCCCGCUCACCGUAGAAUCAGGGAGAGUCCUCUUAGUUCCAAUGCUAUUUUCAAGCAUUUUAUGUCAAGUUUUGAUGGCCACAAGCAUAGCCACGCAGGCCUCUUCAACCUCUGUAUUGUGGUGCUUGUUGCUGUAAACAGCAGGCUUAUCAUUGAGAAUUUAAUGAAGGUUGUUGUGUUCCUUCACCUAAUAAUAACUACAACUAUUGUCUUGUGCCUAGUUUUUGUGAUUCUGAGAUAUGGAACAGUGAAUGAUGCUAAAAAUUGGUGUGAUUCAACUGUCUUAUUUGGUGUCACAUUAAUGCUAUUCUCUUGCAUUGUGUGGUUAAAAUUGGUUUCUUAUGCACAUACAAGCUACGAUAUGCGAGCACUUGCCAAGUCAGCUCAUAAGGGUCUGCAACUGUUACAACGUCCACACAAUGUCAUGCACUAUGGAUGCAGCUUUUGA